AUGGGACAUCCUACAAUAACACUGAAAACGAGGCUAUUCGUCUAUAUCAGUCACUUUCUCUCAGCAUGGGGCGAUCGUAUGUGGCAGUUUGGGAUUGGUUUGUUUUUAAUUGAACUAGAGCCAGAUUCUUUACAGCUGGUUGCUAUAUAUGGCUUUAUAUCAGGCGCGAUGACUCUUCUAUUUUCCACCGUUAUUGGUGAUUGGGUUGACAGAACUGCUAGGUUAAAAGCUGCAAGACUUUCUCUAGCAACGCAAAACAUUUUUGUCGCCGUUUGUGCCGGAGUUGUAUUUGUGGUUCACAAGUACCUAGACGAGAUUAAAGCGGAAUGGGAAGACGAAUGGCUUCUAACGUUGUGUUUUGCCAUUAUCAUUCUAUUGGGAAUCUGUGCUGACUUGGCAAGUGUAGCAAAUACCAUAGUUAUAGAGAGAGACUGGGUCGUAGAACUUUGUCAACAUGACACAGAUCUUUUAGGCUCUAUGACGGCAACUCUCAGAUCAAUUGAUUUGACUACUAAACUAGCAGCUCCGAUAGUGACAGGACAGGUCAUUUACUUUCUGCAUAUUGGUUGGGGAGGAGUGUUCAUAGCUUCAUGGAAUGUGGUGUCCCUUUUUGUGGAGUACAAUAUGAUCAAGAAAGUUUAUGACCAGAUACCAUCCCUUGCUGAUCAGAAAUUCAAAGAAGGAUUAGACAGUGCAGAGGAAACUACAGAUGAAACCUCACCACUGAUUGGGAAUGAUAGCAGCAAAGGAGUUAAAUACAACCAAGAUGACAAAUCUGUCACGAUCGAAGAUGGACAAUCGGAGUACACAUAUGGUAGCAACGAAAAUCAAAAUGGCGGACCUUCUAAAGAAAAGGAUGUUGGCAUUGACAUCGAAGAUGAACUACCUAAAAAAAAUAAAGCAGAAGAUAAAAAGCCUAAAUCAUGGUGUUACACAGUGUUCUACAGUUUUAUAGUUUUGUACAAGGGAUGGCGGAUUUUUAUGAGUUACAAAGUUGCCUUUGCUGGUCUUGGUCUCGCCACGCUCUAUAUGACUGUACUAGGUUUUGAUAAUAUCACAGUUGGUUAUGCAUAUUCACAAGGAAUAUCCGAGUCCCUUCUUGGUAUAUUUAUGGCCGUCGGGUCAUUGUUUGGUAUUACUGGAACAUUUGCAUAUCCGCUUUUCCGAAAACAUUUAGGAUUAAAAUCAACCGGUCUAACAGGAAUGGUUUUCCAAAUUACCUGUUUGAGCGCAUGCGUAGUAUCAAUAUUCUUACCUGGAAGUCCAUUCGAUUUGUUACAUCGACUGAAUGAUGAUGAUAGUUCGAUAAUAAAUGGGACUGAAGCCUCUACAGUCACGAUUCCAACUUCUGCGUCCACGGAACUUUUUACUCUAAACACAUCCGUAUCCGUAUCCGAUCCCACAACAAUAAUAUUUCAAAAUACAACACGUGCGGCUGAAAAUGACAGUGACGAACCUGAUUCCUACUUAUCCAUUGGAUUUUUCCUUGGAGGACUCAUUGUUGCUAGAUUUGGAUUAUGGAUAGCAGAUCUUUCCAUAACACAGCUCUUCUUGCAAACGGUAAAAGAAAAAGAACGAGGUCUGGUCAGUGGUGUACAGAACUCUUUGAAUCAGUUAAUGGACAUGUUGAAGGCUUUGAUGGUCAUACUAGCUCCAUACCCAGAAGAAUUCGGGUUACUGACAAUUCUGUCGUUUGCCUUUGUUUGUAUGGGAUGUCUUUUGUACAUAAAAUUCGUUUGUUCAAACAGGGGAAUAUCAUAUGGUUAG